AGACUGCGCCCAUAUCAGUCUUUUGGCUGACAUCGGCAUUGGUAAUGUGAGAAGCUCGAAAAUGUCUUAAGAAGCGGAUAAGACGUGGGGAUUAUCCUCCUGAGAUUCUUUGGCCCGACUAUAAAAGCAUCUUGACAGCAAUUGCCCCAGGUCAGCCUUAGACAAGGCGAGUCUUCGGAAAACAUGUCUCGUUCCAUGGGAAACUAAUUCGUGAAGUGGCUUCAGCAGGAUGCACCUCAACGGACCCACUGGGCCCCAGGCUCUCGUAAACAGUAGUUCUGGCGAUGGAGGGGUUUUUCCUAUGGGACAUGGCUAUCCUGCGGAAUACCAGCAUAUGAUCCAUGCUCAUUGGCGCGGAUUUCGGGAGGCGCCAAUAUAUUAUCAUGCCGGUUUUUAUAUAGCCUAUGUGGUUCUUAUGUUGUCGAAUAUAUUUGGAAAUGGAUUGGUCAUCUGGAUUUUUUCAACCUCCAAGUCCCUCCGAACUCCGUCCAAUUUACUGAUCCUGAACCUAGCCAUCUUCGACCUGUUCAUGUGCAGCAAUAUGCCACAUUAUUUGCUAAACGCUACUGUUGGUUAUAUCGUGGGAGGGGAUCUCGGAUGCGAUAUUUACGCUUUAAACGGAGGCAUCUCUGGAAUGGGAGCUUCAAUAACAAAUGCCUUCAUAGCCUUCGAUCGGUACAAGACCAUAUCGAAUCCCAUUGACGGGCGGCUGAGUUACGGCCAGAUUGUCCUGCUCAUCAUAUUCACAUGGUUGUGGGCUACCCCAUUUUCGGUGCUGCCUUUGUUCCAAAUCUGGGGACGUUAUCAGCCUGAGGGAUAUCUAACCACAUGCACCUUUGACUACCUAACGAACACGGAUGAGAAUCGCCUCUUCGUGCGCACGAUCUUCGUCUGGUCCUACGUUAUCCCUAUGUCCACGAUCCUGGUUUCCUACUACAAACUCUUCACCCAUGUCCGCACUCACGAACAAAUGCUGGCGGAGCAGGCCAAAAAGAUGAACGUCAAAUCCCUUUCGGCCAAUUCCAAUGCGGACAGCAUGAGCGUAGAGCUCCGGAUCGCCAAGGCUGCUCUUAUCAUUUACAUGCUGUUUAUUUUGGCCUGGACGCCGUACUCCGUGGUGGCUCUAAUCGGAUGCUUUGGCGAACAACAGCUUAUCACGCCCUUCGUUUCCAUGCUGCCGUGUCUGGCCUGCAAGUCGGUGUCCUGCCUGGAUCCUUGGGUGUAUGCCACCAGUCAUCCAAAGUACCGCCUGGAACUGGAGCGGCGUCUUCCUUGGCUAGGUAUCCGUGAGAAACAAGCCACCUCGGGUUCAUCCGGGGGGCAGGAGAGUGUGGCUAGCGUCAGCGGGGAUACUUUGGCGCUGAGUGUCCAAAAUUAGAAAAAUUACAAAAAAAUUUACGGUUGAAAAUAUGGCUUGAACAUGUUAUACGAGUUGAUUAAUUUUAAGAUGCAAUGAACUUUAAGAGUUCCAAAAAAUACAAACCAAAAAAAGUUGGCAUUGAAAAAGAA